CCUGAAGAGACCACACCUGAUGUUUACUUCCUGCACCAGCAUCCAAGCACCCCUAUUAAAUAACAGGGGCGAGUUCAAAGCAAUGAAGACUGUUCACGAGGGGCACUGCCCUGGCUGUCAAAUGCCUUUCUCCAUUCUGCUUGUGCAGACGCCUCAAUGGCACAUAAAGGAAUGCUUGGUGUGGAGACGGUACAGAGUGCCCCAACGGCCUGCAUUGCAGUUCUACAAUUCCGAACCAUUACAAACGCUACACUCACUUCCUGCUGGCUCAGAGCAGGGCCACAGGUGACCAAGACUGCUGCAGCUUUAAUAGCUCUCAGGAAACCUUGGCCAGUACUUCCACCUGCCAUACCCAAAAUAUUGAUCCCAGUCCCACAGGAGCGUCCCCAACUUCACAACAAGAGAACACUGCUGGCAGCAAGCCAAAUGCACUGCUGCUCUUGAGAUCUCCUGCCUCUGCAGAGAUCAAGAAAAGGUCAAGGACAACUCCGUCUCCACGAGCAGCAACUGGAAAGAUACCCAGCUCCCCUAAGGUUUACAUUCUGAUGUUUUACAUUCACUUAAUAUAAAACAAGAAAGGCAUUUACCUGAAAUUGUCACACCAUCACAAAACCUUAACCCACACUCUUGAAACAUGGCUCCAAAAAGGUUGUUCCUCUCAAGAAACAAUUCUUCAAAUGCGAAACUUAGGUAAACAGACAUUAGGUUUUUUGGACUGAAGCUCCUUGAAAGAGAAGGAGGUAGAGGUAAAAGAGAAGCAACCCAACAAGACUAUGCAAGCUGCAACAGGUGAAUUAAACUCUGAAGUCCACUCUAGCAAAAGGAAGCCAAGGCAAAGGAAGAGAAAAGCUACAAGUUCAAUCGGGGAUUCUGCAGAACAAGAAGCUGUGGAUGGGUCUAAUAAUAAUGAAGCACUUACCCCAAAAGAAAAGGGAAGCCGACCAAGGAGAAGAGGAUGGUGUAAAGGAGGCUCUGCAAAAGAACCUGAAAAUGGAGAUGUUCCUGCCACCAGACGAUGCCCUUUCUACAAGAACAUUCCAGGGACUGGUUUUGUAGUGGAUGCCUUCCAGUAUGAAGCUGUAGAAGGGUGCACUGCCUACUUCCUUACCCAUUUUCACUCUGACCAUUACGGGGGGCUGAAGAAGAGCUUUAGAUUACCGAUCUAUUGCAAUAAA